AUACAAAAUGGCCAGAUCUAUGAGAAAGAGACGCUGCUGCGUGCUCUACUGGCCGCGAUGUCGCCGCAUGUUUUCGUACCGCAAUACUGGCGUACGGAGCGUCACUGUGUCAUCUUCUUCACGGAUGACUUUGAGGUGGCUGAGCGUAUACAGCAGCUGGGAAGGCACGCACAAUUGCCGGAUGGCUUCCGGCUGAUGCCACGCGUGCGCAGCGGCCUGCCCUUGGUUACGAUUGACGAGGACUUCAAGGCCAAAAUGAAGGUGGUGAUGGCCAAGCGUUAUAAUUUACAGACCAAGGCACUGGAUCUGUCCCGUUUCCAUGCCGAUCAGGAUCUGAAGCCGUUCUUUUGUCCACUGUUCCGAGUGAAUGUGAUGAGCACAGCACUGGACAUCAUUUGCGAUAAUAUACCCGAUCUGGAGGCAAUCAAUCUCAAUGAUAACAAUAUGUCCACCAUGGAAUCGUUCAAGGGCGCCGACAAGCGCCUGCCGCAUCUCAAGAUCCUUUAUCUAGGCGACAACAAGCUACCGUCACUGGCUCAUCUUUUGGUCUUUCGCAAUUUGCCGAUUAUUGAGCUGGUGUUGCGCAACAAUCCAUGCCGCUUGCGCUACAAGGAUCCGCAGCAGUUUGUCAGUGAAGUACGACGUAAAUUCCCUAAAGUCCUGAAACUGGAUGGGGAACCGCUGCCGCCGCAAGUUCAUUUCGAUUUGAACGAAUCCCCGGUCCUGCCACCGGCCAAGGCAUCCUUCUUAUGCGACAGCGCUGGCGCCGAUGUGGUCCGCCAAUUUCUGGAUCAAUACUUUAGCAUUUUCGAUUCGGACAAUCGCCAGCCAUUGCUGGAUGCGUAUCACGAGCAUGCAAUGCUCUCCAUAUCGAUGCCCUCGGCCAGCCAGUCGGGCAGUAGGCUGAACAACUUCUGGAAAUUCAAUCGAAAUCUACGACGGCUCCUAAACAACGAACGUGAAGAUUUACGCAUACGCCUUUUGAAGAGCGGACGACUAGCCUGUGUGUCCACACUGGACGAAUGGCCACGUACACUGCACGAACGUCGCACCUUCACGGUCGAUCUGACCAUAUACAAUCCCCAAAUGAUGUUGUUCACGGUGACCGGAUUGUUCAAGGAGCUAACUGGCGAUACGAGCGCUGGGACGCCCAGCAACAUGCAGGCCUACGAGCUGCGCCACUUUAUGCGCACCUUUGUGGUGGUGCCACAGAACUCGGGCUUUUGCAUUCGCAACGAGACAAUUUUCCUGAACAGUGCCACGUGCGAGCAGACGCGCGAAUUCAAGCGCACACAGCAUCAGCCAGCGCCAGGCGCCGGCAUGGCCGUGGGAAUAACACCGAUUGGUGCUGCAACCGUCGGCGAGGGAUCUAUACAGAAUCGUUUGCAACCGAGCCAAGCAGUGACUGGCGCUCCUGUUGCCCUGCUGGCAACACCGUCUCCAUCGAAUCCAGUUGCCGUACCCGCUGGCGGCAAUGCGGCUGCCCUCAACGAUGCCACCAAAAUGCAAAUGGUGCAAGCGAUGAGUGCACAAAGUCAAAUGAAUCUGGACUGGAGCCGCAAAUGCUUAGAGGAAACAAAUUGGGAUUUCAACCAUGCCGCCUUUGUGUUCGAGAAACUGUUCAAGGAAAACAAAAUUCCGCCCGAGGCUUUUGUCAAAUAAGUAGCCCAAGCGAGAACUCACACACACGCGCAUCUAUACAACACACC